AUGGUCCUAUCGAUGCUUCUCGCGAUUUCGGUGUGCCCGGCUAUGCUGGGCACGCAGGAGGCCAUUCGACAGAGUCAAUCCGAUAAUCGCCGCGAACAGCAUCGAGGCCGACGGUGCAAUCUCAUAGCCACGUGCGUGAAGCCUUCCAUACGGAGUGGUGAGAUCAACCACAAGUCGAUCGUUUUGAGAGAUUCAAAGCUGUAUAUCAAUACAGGCACCGCGCUGGACGAGGAACUCGAAAGUGGCCAACCUGCGCGCAGCCCACACCCAUUCGCGGGAUACUUCCUGCCAUACCCAGACGCCGGCUACGAAGGUCUUGUGAGCACCAUCACCGACGAGGCGCCCAUCCUGAAUUGGAUCUACAUCGACAGAGAGACGUACGAAGUCAAAUAUGGAAUUCGACAAUUUGCGCAGCCCAACUUAACAGGGCCGUUCGAUUGCACGCGCCAGGACCGUCGCAUGACUUACGAAGGCUGGGAGGGAUUCGUCGCAGUCGAGGAGUACCCAGGGACCUGGGCGCUAUACUUUGAUCGCGAUGACGAUGGUCUGCGGAAUAAAGUGCCUUUCGGCACCAGAAUCCUCGAGGUGGAACUUACGCGGCGCGAGCUGAAAAUGCCAAAGCCCGAGCAGGACGAACCGGAGACGCUGGACAGCAAGAUGGAGCAACACAAGCAACAGACGGAGCAGGAGGAGAAGGACCGCCAGGCCUUCUACGAUGGGGAGACAAACAAUGCGGGGGCGAGCCAACAACCGGACCAGCCAGAACAGUUCGAAGCCGCCGCAGCCGCACCGCUCCUACGGCCAGCCUCGCCCACGGACACUACCGGCGGCAUGUCGUUCUGGUCAAGGCCGGGAGACCCUGCCCAUUCGGAGGCAGAGACACGUAUAACACCACCGAACUCGGACUAUGGUGGAAAUCAGAUGGCUGGGGAUGUGUGUGUGACUCUACCGGCGCAAUAUCAAAAGCCACAAGUCGAAGAGGGCUAG